CUAAAAUAUGAGUGCAGAAAAUGAAAUUCAAGAAGAGAGAAAUAAUGAGGAGUAGUAUCGAAAUUGGAAGUAGAACAUCCCAUUUAUGUAUGAAAUUUGCAUCAACCACCAAAACAAUUGGCCAUCCUUAACAGUUUGCUGGUUGAAUGAACUUGAGAUGUCUUUUGCAUUAUUAUCUUAGUGAUCAAAAUGACAAUGAAAUACAUAGAUUGAUCGUGGCCACUCAGACCAAUAAUUAAGAGUAGGAUUAUAUCAAAUUGCUUAAAGUUGCUAUCCCUAAGAAACUAGAUGAAUAAUUAGAUAACACAUUGCUAAAUAACAUUUGUACUUAUAAAUUACUAUUCGAAGGGAAAACAUAAGCAGUAGGAAAGGUAUAAGAGGAAUUGCAAAUUCCAGUAGAAGUUGAAAUUAAUCGAGUUCGAUAAUAACCUAAUAAUCAAUACAUAUUAGCAGCAUAAGCCGGAGAUGGUGAAGUUGGUAUCAAUCUAAUAGAUGCACUUAGGUAUUUACGAUUUAAGUAAAUAAUCAAAAGUAUUCGCAUUGAAAGGAUAGGAGAAAGAGGGUUACGGGUUGUCUUGGAAUCUUACGAAUUCUGGUUAAUUAUUAUCUGCUAGUUAUGAUCAUAACAUAUAUUAUUGGGAUACCAAUACAGGAUAAUUGAUAAAGUAAUACAAUUUUCAUUCAGCUGAAGUUGAAGAUGUAUGUUGGCAUCCUCAAGAUCCAAAUAUUUUCAUUUCUUGUUCCGAUGAUAAAACAUUUGCUAUGUAAAAUCACUUUACUAUUAUAAUCUAGUUGUGAUAUUCGAACAAAUCAAGGAGUUACAAUAAAAUAAGAAGCACAUUCAUAAGAAGUCAACUGUGCUCAAUUCAAUAAUUUCUAAUCUAAUUUAUUUGCCACCGGGUCUAAUGAUGCUCAAGUUAAAAUGUUUGAUAUGAAUAAACCAGAAGAGGAUAUUCAUACAUUUUCAAAUCAUGAAGAUGCCAUUUAUAGUCUCUAAUGGUCUCCUCAUUAAAGAAAUUUGCUUGCAUCUGGUUCUGUUGAUACUAAAAUUGUUGUGUGGGACUAUUAUAAAAUUGGAAAUGAAAUUAAGGCUGAAGAUGAAAAAGAUGGUCCAUCAGAAUUAUUGGUAGAUAUUUGUAAAAUAUUAUUAGUUUUAUCAUGGAGGACAUAGAUCUAAAGUUAAUGAUUUAUCUUGGAAUGUAAAUCAUAAACAUUUGUUUGCCAGUGUUGAAUAAGAGAAAAACAUACUCUAAAUCUGGAAGAUUCAGCAAUAAUUAUGGGAAGAAGAUGAAAAUGAUGAAUAUAUCCAAUCUCUAGUCUGA